UGUCUUAUCUGUCAAAUUUCUUACGCGCUUCGUUGUAUUUAUAGGGAAUUUCUUGUAUAUUUUCUUCUUUAAAAUUGGUUUGUAUCAAUGGUUGGAUGACCUAUCUUCACGACAAUGUCCAAAAGGAAGGCUGGAGUUAACGAUAUGAUUUAUGAAUUGGAUAAUGAUGACAUCGAAUUAAGUAGCGAAGAUGAAGGUAAACAUCCUAAAAUUAACCGCCUCGAGCCUAAAAUCGGCCCACAGACCUCAAGCGACGAUGUUAUUAUUGAAGAAACUUCUGUAGAAUGUAUAGAUAUCGAUUGCUCUACGGAAACUAUUGAGAUUAAAUCAUCGCCUACUAAAGCACAGAAUGGAGGGAAAAGUCCGAAUGUUAUUCAACUUGAAGACGACGACGAGCAACUGGUGGUCGAGGAGGACGAUAUCAUUCAGAAACAGAAGAGUAACACUUCUGGGUCAUCAAUAUUUAAUGAAGAUAUAGUUGUUGAUUCUCCAGCAUCUAAUACAGACCUGGGUGUAGCGGGUUGUGAGAAUCGGACGCCUUUGUUCACAGUGCGCUUUAAAGAUAAGAAGACAGCUAAAGCUUAUAAGGAGGAAGUAAAAGCCUUUAUGUUGAAACUUAUUAAACUGCAUGACACUGAAUCUUUGGAGGGCUCGGAAACAGAAACUGACUUGGAACUUGAUAUUUGGCCUGAAGACUUACAGGAUAUUGACAGUGCUCCUCAAAUAGAGUUGCAAGUGGAGACAGAAGAGCAAGACAACUUUUUCUUUGUCGAUACUGACCCAUCUACUCAGGAACCUGGUGAAAUACCAAGAUACAAACAGGCAGGUACUCUCAUUUGCAACGUACCAGCAAAAGAGCCCACUCCCCCACCUGUGCUGCGUCGAGGCCCGACUUGCUUUAACUGUGAUGGCGCACAUCCGUUAAGAGACUGCACAGUACCAAGAGACAAUGCUAGGAUUGCAGAGAAAAGAAAAAAUAUGGUUAAAGUUGGCCGCUACCAUGUAGAAGACGAACAGAAGUACGGACACCUGAUCCCCGGCCGCAUCUCUGGCAACCUGCGCCACGCGCUCGGCUUAAAACGAAACGAGAUCCCCCUCUACAUAUACCGGAUGAGGCUGCUCGGAUACCCGCCUGGCUGGCUUGAGGAGGCGCGGAUAUCACACUCUGGGAUCACCAUGUUUGACUCCACGGGAAGCGCAAUAAGGGACCCAGAAGAGGAAGAAGGCGAGGUCUGCGAGCCGGGCUCCAAGGACAAGUUCGACAUCAAGAAGAUACUCGACUUUCCUGGCUUCAAUGUGCCUGCCAGUUCGCGUUAUAGAGAGGAAUCCCACUUAUACGGCUUGCCGCCGAUAUCGGAGCAAGACAGCAAGAUAGCCAUGCUUCAGAUGUUGGCGCCCAACGCCAUGAAGGCGUAUAAGAGAAAAAAGCUGACAUUCUUCCCGUCGGCCGACAAGGCUAAAGCCGACGGACAGGCUGAGAUGGAGUUAGAUAGUGGCGAUGAAGUCGCCGAGUUUCCUUCAGUGCCACCGCUGCCCGACGACGCGCCACCCCCACCUCCACCACCCCCCGAAUGUCCCCCACCACCUCCAGACUCCCCGCCCCCACUCCCCAAAUCUCCCCCUAAAUCCUCCCCACCCCCUACCCCGCCCAAGUCCCCCGAGCAGCCUGAGAUAGAGACCGACAACUUGAAUGAGAUGGACGAUAUCGAAAUUGUGGCGGUGACCGAGGUGAGGGAUAUACCGAUGCCUAUGGAUGCGUCUCAUAUCACUAUUGAAGAUGAUUUGGAAAAGUCUGAACUAAGCAGCGGCCACAUUAGUCCCAGCCUAGAUGACUUAGAAGAAAAGAAACGACUCUUGCUCAACGCUUUAGAAACAGACGUCAUUCCGAACUCCCCUACCAUUGUCAUAGACACAGAACCAAGCAAAAUAUCAAGCGAUAUGGACACUGUUAGUGAAAACGAAACCGAAAUUGACUCUAAAGAAACUGAUGAUAAGGAUCAAGUGCCUAAUGCAAUACCUUUAAGAUUGGAAAUUGAUACUAACGCUGAUGCUUCACCCUCAAGUAUAGAAAGUCCAAGUAGAAAUCCAUUAUCAACCGAAGCAAGAACACCCACAUCAGACAACAAAGGCGUCAAAACUACCUCCUAUGGAACACCAGUCUUAAACAUUGCUUCCCACUAUGUGAAAUUACCAAGUGACUCGAAUUUUUCUAAAGACAUUUGUGACAUUAUCAAUUUUGAGAAUCUUCCCAACUCAACGGGGAAGUAUAAGAAGAUAUGUAAUCUGUUGAAGAAGGUGAAGAGUGAAGUGGACAGGAUACAUGACUCGUGAAGUGAUCACUGACUUUAUUGUAAUACUGGAUCGAUCGCUAAUUCUCCUGUUUGAUUUAUCUGUUUGUACAAUUAGCUUGCGAGUCAGGAACAAAUUUCCAUGACCAAUAAGCACUUUGAUCCUGCUAACGAUAUAAACUAUCAUCUGACAAAGUUUUAAUUGGGAUGCGAUGACAUUCUUUUACGUGUUUGGGUGGCUCCGUUUCUCAACCCACCAACGGAGCGGCAGCUGACGUUGACGAGGGUUCAUUACACAUAGCCCUUAACCACUCUACGAAUUAUCGCCCGAGAUGCGAUGACCGACGAAAUAUACGCCUGGCCCGCGGUCUAAAAUACUUGUCAGAUUUUUUACAGAAAUAACUAAAUUGUGAAGACUACCAUCAGCCGGGCUAGCACAAUGAUUGGCGCGAGAGUAUCUCGCCGCGACAUAGACAACCCUUCCCCCUUUAAUUCAUACAGUUAGUAAAAGACGGGUAGUCUAUCUCGCGGCGAGAUACUGUCGCGUCAAUCAUGUGCUCGGCGCAUCGUAGUACCCAGUACUUUUACUUAAGGUGUGCUCCCAGUACUGGUUUUGUAUACAAUAAUUCCCGAAAAUUCAGUCCUGCUUUUACUGUUUACUAUAAUUGGUCAAGCAAAUCUUGUCAGUAGAAAAAGGCGCGAAAUUCAAAUUUUCUAUGGGACGAUACUCCUUCGCGCCU